GAGUAUGGACUUUAUUUGGAUACCCGCAAAUGAUCAACUCGUGAGCUAUACUUCUUUUUGGAAGAUUAAUUUGAUAUUUCCAUAGGUUUGGGAUAUCCUCUAUUUAAUCAAAAAAAAAAAGAUAAGAAAAUUGUCUUAGACAAGUGACAUCCAUGUAGAACUCAAAUGCCAUCGUUAUAUUAAAACAAAUAUAAACCUAUUUGGGAUGGAACCAAUUUUUCUUAUAACGAUUUAGGAAUAAGCUAACAAAUUUUCAGACUAAUUUUUUCUUAAUAUGAUUUUUUUUUACAAAGAAUCAAAGUUCAUAAUCAAAGUUGAUUCGGAAAACGUUAUUUUAUCAAAGUUCAUAAUUGAAAACCAAAACAUGGUACAGCUACUACAAGUGAUCAUAAGUAGGCAUAAAGAAUCUCACGUUCCCAAAAAUAAUAGCAUGCCUAAAGUGAAAAGAAAAUUAGAGAGAAGAACAAAAUAAAGAAAUAGAAGAUUAAAAAAAAAACUCAUUGCAGAUUGGCUCAUAAUCUUACAUGACUUACUUUGGCCAAUCCUAAAAGCCAUAUACUCAUUUCACUUUCAGUCAUAUGAUUAGAUGGUGAUGAUAAUAUGAUGUUGCACAUUUCCAUGUUACCCACUUUUUGUAUCUAUAAAAAUUCCACAAAGCCAUCUUUAGAAUAAACGAGAGGGUCCACAAUCCACAUAGUGAAAGUGACCACAUCUAUUUAAACACACAUUUCAUUGUUGCACAUAACCAAAUCCACUACUUCAGGUUAUCUCCUGUUCUUCAUAUCAUUUCAUCUUUUGAGUGUAAGCAAAAUAAUACUUAUUAAAUAUGGAUUUUAAUGGUAAUUCAUUUGCCGGUUCUGCCUCUAGAUCGAAAAAGAGCCAUAGGCAAAAGCAGCAACAACAGCAGCCGCAACCACAACAUAACGAAGAAAUAAAGUAUGUAGGAGUGAGACGGAGGCCGUGGGGAAGAUACGCAGCUGAAAUAAGAAACCCUACUACAAAAGAAAGGUAUUGGCUAGGUACUUUUGAUACCGCCGAGGAGGCUGCUUUGGCCUAUGAUAGAGCGGCACGGUCCAUACGAGGGUUGACUGCUCGGACCAACUUUGUCUACUCCGACAUGCCUCGUGGCUCCUCAGUAACUUCCUUCAUUUCUCCUGACGAAUCCCAACGUUUCAUUUCCGAGUUAUUCAACCCUUCAAGCCAACUAGAAGCUAGUAACAACAUCAACAAUCUCUAUUCGUCGACCAACAAUGGGUGGCCACAGGAGUCUGAAUGUGGUGGUUAUACAUGUAUCAACACUAACGAUGAGCAUUGUGAUCAUGAGCUUCCACCUUUUCCUCCAAGUACUUGUUUUGGAGCUGAACUUAUGAUUCCGGAGACCGAUAGCUAUUGGAAUGUUGUGCAUGCUAGCAUGAAUGCAUUUUCCUUUGAGCCUGAUGGCUUUGUGGGUCAAAACAGUCUUGGUGAGAGUGGAACAAAAGCGUUUGACUCUUCAUCCUCCACAUUCUUCUACCAAUCAUAGUGAGCUGUCCAAGUUUGCGACUUCCUUCUUUGAUAUUAAUCCACUUUCGUUUUUCACAAUCUUUUUCGCCUGUAUUAAGGAGUGGAAAGUUAAGAUAUAUAUCAAGUAUGUCUCUCCCCCUCUUGUAGCGUUUUACGUUUCUCUGAAAAUUCAGCGUAUAUUGUUUGUUAUUGUGACUUAUCAAAUGCAAGAUUUUCUUGAUCACUAAAUAAUUCCUGUAACGCCUUACAGUUUAUUAAUUGUGUAUAGGAAAAUGUCGUUGUUGCUUCAAAAUCUCUUUAUGUUUCGAUUUAUAAAUCUAUUGUAACAUCCUGUUUUUUUUUCAUUUAUAUGCGAUUGCUAUUUUACUUGAUGACACACCCUUUUUCUUUUAUCAGAUACCGCACUAGCUAUUCCAUGUGGAUAUUGAUGCAUGGUGCUAAAAGUAGAUUUUUUUUUUUUUUUGAUAACUCAUGUAUUCCGAGCCUUAGGUCCAUGAUUCACUGAAUCAUCCCAUCCUUAGGUCCAUGAUUCGGUGGCCUAGAAGUCAACUGGUAUAAUUAUAGAUAUUUUUCUCAACUUAUCACUGAUUUAGUUCAUAAGCUGAAUUGGCAAGAGAAAUUGCCUUAGUAUGCAUACAAAUUGGAUUUUCAGACAAAAUUCUAACCACACUGUAUUAAAAACUACAUAACCCAAGUUAUACAAUUGUGUGGACAUACAGUAUUAAUUUUUCGGGUGGUUCAAGGCAAAUGGCUCUGGUAUUAAUAGACAACACUGGGAAGGGGUAAGAGAGAAGAAGCACUCUCGUAGAGAAAAGAAUGACUUAAAGUGAAGAGGUAAGAGAAUAAACACACAUAGCGAAAAGAAAGACUUUAAAGGAAGAUGAGGAUAAAACUCAAUUAACGAAUCAGCAAUUUUUGUUGGAGUCAACGAUCUAAUUGUAUUAUUUAAUUGCUUGUUGGCAAGCUAAAACAUAGAUGUUGAUUGGUAUGCAACAGUCAGAAUAUAUUUUCUUUAAUUGUCAAUGGCUUGAUCAGAUCAAAUAGUGUGGUUGCUAACCCAAUUUUCCUGACAAAGUUCAAAACUACAACAUUAUAUUCUUCGUUUCUUCUUCCUCCUCCAUCUAGAAUCAAAAGCGCCAAGCUAGAGAUUUAACCAAUUUGGAUUACAUGGCCUCGAGUGAUUCACAGCCUCACAAAAGAUCUGACCGGCAUGAAACAUACAGACCAACUCAAGAUAUCGUAAUUUUUAUGGUGUUUGUAGCUAUUUCAGUAGCUGUGACAUUUGCUAUGGGUUUCACAUGCACAAAGUUUUACAUGAGUUCUGCUCCAGAUUUAGACAUCACAGGUUUGGUCAAGAAAGCAGUAUUCAUGGUUUUUAUGUUUUGCAACAGCAUUACAAUGCUUGCAUCUGUUGCAACAGUAAUGCAUCUCAUUUGGGCAUACAAUCUAAGUGAAUUUGAACAGGUACAGACAGCUCUCAUACGAGCCAUGGCACUUGUCACAGUUGCUCUUAUAUCUAUAUCGGUUGCAUUUGUGGUCGGAUGUUGUCUUGUGGUAAUCCUUCUCCCAUGGAGUACCUAUUUCAUAUAAGCCUGAUUACAUCCAGUGUUUUACCGCAUAUUUUAAUUAAGUCUGUAAUAAGCGAUUACUGCUGGAUUUGUAGGCAUUUCCCAUUAUCUUACGUUCAAACUUCAUAAAGAUUGAUAAUAUUAUAUAUCUUUGGUUUAUAUUUCACAUUGGCUGGUUUCAGACUCACCUUUGUCUAACAUAUUUAAACAAAUAUCUUUGGGGACUAGGAUACUAUAAAGUCUUU